GUUGAUCAGUUUCGUAGCAUUUAAGUUUAGUUUUAUAUCAUUUACAACAUGUUUAAGUUUUCGUUUCAAGUGGAAUCAGAAGAAGAAUCGGCUUUAUCAAAAGAUGAAAAUUUGGUAGUGACCUCACAAAAAUCGAAUGAAAAUGAAACACGUGCAGAAGACACUCCGGUAUAUCCUUGCGAAGAACUAUGUGUAGAUACAAUCCUUGUUGGACCCCGAUCCAUUAAUCCGGAAGUAACGUGCAAUUUCACCCCGGUACCGGAAUGUUCGAUAGCGUACCUCAACCAUCUAGCUCUGCUGGAAGAGACAUUCACCGACGAUAUUGUCACGGCCGAACUAGAUCAUUCCGAUCUCGUGCCCAAUCGCUACGAGGGAGGGUUGAAGGUUUGGGAGUGUACGUUCGAUUUGGGAAAGUUUCUGGUUAGCUCGGAGGACCUUAAGGCGCUGUUUCAGGGAAAGAAAGUGCUUGAUCUUGGCUGUGGCGCGGGAGUUUUGGGCAUCGAGGCGAUCCAGCUUGGAGCCAGUAGUGUACAUUUUCAGGAUUAUAAUAAGGACGUCCUCACGAAAACGACGAUGAUAAACUAUGAUCUAAAUUGCCGUUCGGAUGAUAAGAACGGGUCGGAUGUACCAGUCGCUGCAGUCAAGUUCUUUUCCGGCGAUUGGGGUAGCUUUACGGACAAUUACGAUGAAAAGUACGAUAUUAUUCUAACGUCGGAAACGAUAUACUCUACCCAGAACUAUGGAAAACUUCUGCAACUGUUCGACCGAAAGUUAGAAGCCGAUGGAAUAAUAUAUCUCGCAGCUAAAACUUACUACUUCGGAGUCGGCGGAGGUGUCCGGCUGUUUGAAGAUGCACUGGCAUCCGAUGACCGCUUCCAGUGCGAAACCGUUUGGAAGUGUGAUAUAGGAGUGAAGCGAGAAAUACUGAAAAUUUCCCGAAAGUAAGUCAUGCUGCAAUACAAUCUUUAAAGGCACAAAAGUCGGUGAUUUGUUUUGAAAGAUAUAUUUAAAAUAUAUACUCUACUAAAGUUGUCAUAAAUUUAUGUGUGUUGUUGCAUUUACUAUCUUUUCUCGUAACAGACUCUCCGGUUUGUGUUUUUUCUUAUCUCUUGAUCUCUCUCUUCCUUUCCAUGUACUAAUAAGUAUAAUUUUUACUCGUUUGUUUUCUCUCUUGG